UUUCGCGGAGGCAAAUUCAAAGUAAAACUAGAUCCAAUUUACCCCCAGAAUCAACAUGAAUCGAAUGCUGCUCUACACCUUGGUCAUAUUGGCCCUCGCUUUGGUUCAGGCCUGUCAGAUCCAUCAUAAUCUGACGUUUCCUGCUGUUAGCCAAGUUUCUAGCUGUUCUGCUGAAAGCCUUGGCCACCUCAGAUAUUCAAAUCAGAGUUUGACGAGGGAUCUGCCCACCACAUCUACCUCUCCGAUGUCUCUCCGUCUGGAAUAUUUCAAUUGUGGGAAACCUUUCGGGGCUCUGGGGCUGUAG